UCAAAAGACUUGAAUUGAUAAUAAUAACAUUUUAAUGAAUAGGUACCAUCUCAUACAGUUGUGAAGAAGAGGGCUAGCUAGGCUCAUGGAUCAUGUAGCUCUACCUCCUAACAUGAUCUCUUCUGGUAUUUUACCAACUGGGUCUUUGUUAGAAUCUCUGAUUCAUAUGUCCAAUGAAGUUGCUUCCAUGGAGAAGCUUCCAUGUUUACAGGCUAGGAACAUUUCAAUCAUGAUAAGAAGGAUCAAACUUGUUUCUUCUUUGUUUGAAGAAUUACAGGAAACAAAUUGUCCUCUCCCUCCAUCCUCCAUCCUGUGCCUGACAGAGCUUUUCUAUGUGAUCAGAAGAGUGAAGUUUCUGCUUCAAGGGUGCAAAGAUGGUAGCUGUCUUUGGGGUCUGAUACAGACAGAGUUUGUAUCAAACCAGUUUUAUGUGCUUGUGAAGGAGAUGGGGAGAGCUCUUGAUAUUCUUCCUUUAAGCUUGCUUAAUUUGACUGCAGAUACUAGAGAACAAGUUGAGCUUCUUCACAAGCAAGCAAAGAGGGUAGAUUUGUUAGUUGACCCUAAAGAAGUUCAAAGAAGAGAAGAACUUCUACAAAUAAUGGCCUCCCAUAAUGAGAAGAAUAGAAAGAACAGGGGCUUUAUUGAUUUUGUCAAAGUGAGAGAAGUUUUGAGCAGUAUUGGAUUGAGGAGUCCAUCGGAUUAUGAUGAAGAAAUUCUGAAGCUUGAGGCAGAAGCAGAGAAGCAGGCAGGCACAGGAGGACUAAUUGUGGUCUCCAAUUUAAACAGUCUCAUAUCCCUCCUUACAUAUUCCAAGUCCAUGAUUUUCAAUGAUGAAGAUGAAGAGAAUGAGAAGGUCAAAGAAGAGUUGAAGCGUCAGUCUGCAUCUGUGAACAGAAAUCAGGAUGUUUCUUCAUCUUCUCAAUCAAUACUUCCAAAUAUUCCUGAUGAAUUUCGUUGCCCGAUUUCUCUAGACUUGAUGAAAGAUCCAGUGAUUGUAGCAUCUGGGCACACUUAUGAUCGGAAUUCAAUUGCUCAAUGGAUCAAUGCAGGGCAUCAUACUUGUCCUAACAGUGGCCAAAGACUAAUUCACAUGGCCCUGAUACCAAAUUAUGCACUGAAGAGUUUGGUGCAUCAGUGGUGCCAAGAUAACAAUAUCCCAAUGGUAGAUAUAUCACCUUCAUCUUCCUCAGAGUUGGAAAGAAGCAACAGCAAGAAGAAAUUGUACGAGGAAAAAGCUAUCGAUCACAUUUCUGCCAUAAAAGCAGCCACGGAUGCUGUCAAAAUGACAGCUGAAUUUUUGGUGGGCAAACUAGCAAUGGGGUCCCUGGAAAUUCAGAGACAGGCAGCUUAUGAACUCAGGUUAUUAGCCAAAACUGGCAUGGAUAACCGCAGGAUAAUUGCCGAGGCAGGUGCCAUACCAUUUCUGGUGACAUUACUAAGUUCCACAGAUCCAAGAAUUCAGGAAAAUGCUGUCACUGCCUUGCUUAAUCUUUCUAUAUAUGACAAUAACAAGAGUCUAAUAAUGGCAGCAGGAGCAAUUGACAGCAUAAUAAAUGUCCUGGAAUCAGGGAAAACCAUGGAGUCAAGGGAAAAUGCAGCAGCAGCAAUCUUUAGCCUGUCAAUGAUAUAUAAUUGUAAGGUGACUAUUGGUGCCCGUCCCCGAGCAAUCCCAGCCUUGGUUAGACUGUUAAGAGAAGGCACAACUGCUGGAAAAAGGGAUGCUGCAAGUGCACUAUUUAAUCUUGCAGUCUGUAAUGCAAAUAAGGCUAGUGUUGUUGUUGCUGGGGCAGUUCCUCUGCUGAUUGAACUAUUGGUGGAUGACAAGGCUGGCAUAACAGAUGAUGCCUUAACAGUUCUGUCUCUACUAAUAAGCUGCCCCGAAGGGCUGGAGGAGAUAAGGAAUAGUAGAGUUCUGGUGCCUCUUCUCAUUGAUCUCUUACGAUUCGGAUCGGCCAAAGGGAAGGAGAACUCUAUAACUCUUCUGUUGGGUCUCUGCAAAGAUGGAGGAGAGGAGGUUGCAAGACGUCUGUUAAUGAAUCCAAGGAGUAUUCCUUCUCUUCAGAGCUUGUCUGUUGAUGGGUCUUUGAAAGCAAGGAGAAAAGCCGAUGCACUUCUUAGAUUACUCAAUAGGUGCUGCUUCCAAUCCCAAAAUCCUGUUGGAUAAGAGGAGAGCAGGAAAAUCCUGAAAGAAGAAGUGUACAUUAAUCAUAUAUAUGCAUAUAAAUGAUAUUGGUAUUCAUGGUUUUAUGGAA